AUGCAUUUCCUGUCUGCUAUUGCAAUUUUCGUUACCCUUGGGGCAGUCAGUGCCGCCCCAAAUGGUGGAACCGGCUCCCAGUGUACCACCGAGCAGGCUAAUAAAUGUUGCACCGGUCUCACGAAAGGCGUUCUGAACAUUGACAUUCUGCCUGCACUCUGUCUUCGGACUUCUGAACUGCCUGACUGUGCAGGUUUAGUACCGGAAGCCCCACAGGAUGCGAGGCGUGCAACCAUCUUGAAUAAGGGAGACCGUGGAGGCCGACAAACGAGCAGAUCACAUAAGUUUAUUUAA